UCAUCCACUCCGAGUCCGCCCCGAGCAUGCACCACCCGAAUCCGCUGCUGCCACUCCUCCCCCGGUCCAAUCUCAGCGGAUAUGCCCACCAAGUCGCCCUUCGAAUCCCGCCCGGCUUCACCUACCCGUCCCCCAUAUAUAACAGUGGCGUCCCGCCAUUGCCCGACUCCCUCAGGGAUGUCGAAACCUGAUCGAUCCGUAGCUUCCCCUCAACCUACCCCAAUGACGACAAUACGCACUCCUAGAACCUCCUCAUCUGCACCAGCGAGUACGACACAACGCCGCGCACCGCACGCAUCAUUGCCCGUCCUCUCAAUACACGACCUAGAACGCCGAUACCAGAAUAAAUCAAGCGCCUCGUACGACUGGAACCCACGCGAACCUUCAAGCAACCCCCCUAGCGAUGCCUUAACUCGACUUUUGCACGCUGUCGCUGACUUGCUUGGAUUGUAUAACCCCGGCUAUCAUUCGUAUAGACUUUAGACCUAGAUGAUAUGCCGAGAUGUCAUCGAUUGUAAAGCAACGCUGCGCCGUGAGCAAGAACAGCGUUCCCAUAGCACAUAUCCUAAAGAGCCCUCGUCAUUGGCCAUCUCGGCCAAA